AUGAAGUCUCAUGGGAUCGAAUCUACUGAGGGGGCUGUUGUCGACUUAACAUUACAUGAACUUCCCUGCGCACGUCGUGUCACACCAACGACGUCUUGUCCUAACAAGAGUAAAUUCUUAUGCUCUAGCUGCCGUCUGGUAGCUUAUUGCUGUAUGGAUUGUCAGAAGAAAGAUUGGAAAGAACACAAGGCUGCAUGCAAGAGCGAGAUGCGCGUUCCAGGUUGGCUUCCCGCUUGGGAGGUCUUUCUGCAUGAGCCAGAGUGGAACUCUGCCUCAGAAUGGCCGGCUCAACUUGUCGAGGAGCCGAAGAAGAAUGGACUUGAAUUAUGGAGUACGUUUCCUGCUUACGACGUCCUUAAUAUUACCGAUAAUGAGGGAACCGCCAAGGAUUUCGAUAUCGCCUUUCCUGCAUCGGGAGAUCUGCGAAAUGUCAUCCGCACUGUCAACGAGCUGCCUUCUUCCUACUCUGGUUCGUUGAACAUCACACUUGGCGACAAAGAUCCGCACAUAGUCAUCCGCAACCUUCUCAUUCUCGCUCUCCUGGGGAAGCCUGACAUGUCGCGCUGUGUCGACACGGCCCUCCACAUCUGGUACUCUUCCGUGAUUCCCAUCUCUUACGGACUAGAGGCGGCGCUGAUGUUGAAGAGCUUGAUGACGAACAACCAAUCUGCGCCUUAUAAGGUGACAAAGACCUCCACGAUUCUUGGCGGGAGGACUUUCGCUCUAUCAAAGUUUGCCAGCGAGUUUCACAGGAAUAUGCACGAGGCGGCGGAAACGAUGCUGAACAUGGUAAACGUUUCCCUCUCGUUAUCACGUAUUGAUUACCAGGAUAUGGCAUACGCAAAACUUGAGUCGUCGCACAGGGUCGCGCUUCACAAGUAUAAAUCCACGGGGAUCCUGGUUCCCUUUGGGACAAUUCCCGUCCGAUUCGAUUACACGAACAAGUACCUCUUCUCCCCUGAAGGAAAGUGGCUUCAAAACGGCAUGGCAAACCCGCUAUACUCUUGGGACAUCAACGCAGUGAUCGAGUCAGGCAAAGCUCGUGGCGUACCCCGCGAAGACCUCUAUGGCUGCCUCUACUUUCAUGUCUCCUCCCAACUCUCCGAAUUCGCCUCUCGCCUCCGCCGGUUUAAGAUCACUUUCAAGCUCUACCAUGGCGAGGCUUCCGCCCUUGCGAAGGCUAUCUCUUCCCCGGCCGGAUUGCCUGAGCUCCAACUCGGGAAGAAGACUAGGUUCGAUAGGAUCGACACCGGCAAUUUGAUCGACGAGGAGUACUUGGGAUUAAAGAAGGUUCUAACAGAAUGGGGACCGCUCUUGAAGGAGAAGCAGAAUAACGACAAGGCGACGUUGAUUGCGACUUCACUGAAUUGGGCGACUAGGGUUGGCGGAGCAGCACCGACGAAGAGUGAAGCUGAGGCAUUGAUGAAGAAACUCAUAAAAGACGGCAGGCUACCCGCGUUCCGUGGCUCAGUCACUUCAAUGUACGACAAUUCGGCCGCUUUUGCCAAGUACCUCCGCACCCAAGGCUUGGAAGAUGCUAUGAGUUCCUCAAAACUGAAGAUAAAGCAGCGACAUACAGUCGUGCCUCAUCGUUUGUAUGCGCCACCUGAUGCUACUCCCAGUGCGCUGCCCGAGUUCAAGGAUAAUGAGGAUUGGUACUUGAAGGUAUGUGACUAUUCUCAGCGACCUCGUCGUUAG